AUGCCACCCACCACCCGCUCCGAGGACAUCCCUUCCUCUACCACAUCCACCGCCAAACCAGUCUCCAUCCUCUUCGUCUGCCUGGGCAACAUCUGCCGUUCCCCCAUGGCCGAAGCCCACUUCCGCCACCUCAUCUCCCACCCCUCGUACCCCCUCAUCUCCAACAUAGACUCCUGCGGCACAGGCGCCUACCACCUGCACUCCCCGCCCGACCCGCGCACCCUCUCCACCCUACGCCGCCACAAUGUCGACGGAUACACGCACUCCGCAAGACGUGUCCGUGUCCCAGAAGACUUCCAGGAGUUCGACUAUGUGCUGGGAAUGGACGAGGAGAACGUGGAGGAUUUGAAGGAUAUGGUGGGACGGGCGGUGAAGAAGGGGGUGCUGGGGAAGGAGGAGGGGGAGAGAGCGAUGGGGAGGGUGAGGUUGUAUGGGGAGUUUGGUGGAAAGGGGAGGGAGGAAGUUCAAGACCCAUAUUACGGGGCGGGCCAGGGGUUUGAGAUUGCUUUUGAACAGAUGGGGAGGUUUGGGAAGGGGUUGGUGGAGGAUAUUGAACAGAAGGCGAAGAAAGGGGACGCUGAGGGAUCGUCGGAGCAGCAUUACGAGGAGGGAGACACAACUUUACGCAACCAGAACAAUGCCUCGAAGUUCGGUGUUGUUGGAGAUGCAGACCAUAUGCCGGAACGGCGCCGACCUCCCAGCCUUCGCACCGCGUGCAGGAGCCCGCUGCCGCGCAACGUUUCACUGCGCAAGACUCAAUACCGCAACGUCCUCUGGAUCUACAGCGCUGAAUGUCAACCAGUUGCAGAUCUGAUGCUCGGGAUCGACAUUCUUCGUUCCUGGUUGCACAGACUGGACUUCAACUUCAUGAUUCGGUCUAUUGCACCGCAGUUUGGGAUUAAUGACUACAAGCGAUUUAUCGGUCCCACCGAGACGUAUCGGCCUUUGGAGUGUCAGGAUGAGCGUAUACAGACCCGCUAG